AUGCCGCGCCACUUACGUCUAGGACCACAUGUGGCGCGCCUCACAUGCAACUCUGAGGAUACCGGCAUAAACGGGACGCAGGGGUCCAUCUUGACGUCGCUCGGGCGUGAUGGCUUUGGGAACCUUUUACGUGGAUGGGCAGCUACUACCCGCCCCAUCCUUCGCAGCAUCCCCUGUGCUACGCAGAAAAGUCCCUCUCUGCCUUCCACCGAGGUCCUCAAUGCAUCUUCCAAGCAAAAGCAGAGUCACCUCAGCUCUCUGCAGAACCAGGUAGCCGCGUUGACACUGCCUUGCCCCGAGUACCUCGUAGAGCACCGUCUACAGCUGCUGACAUACGACGUCUAUGCAUGCUGUUUCUGCGACCAAGUGCUGGACCGCCCCAUUGCACAUCCCAAUGCAUCUUCUUACCGCGUCACUGCCCUCGUCCGAUCGGAGAAUACAGAGAGGCGACGGCAGUUCUGCGUACAUCCUACCGUGCGCACUUUGGACAACAUCGAGCUCACUGAAGACGCGGCGAGUGCAUCGAACGUCGUGUUCGGCGCAGCGAACGUCGUCCGUGUAACUUCUGCUGAGGUGGUCCUUUGAAGUUCGGAGGGAAGUUCGACGCGCGCAGCGCACAAGCCAGCAUCUACGACGACGUGAACCCCGCUCGGAUUGAAACCCUCCCUCAUCAACAUCGCCGUCGUCGACGCAGGCAUGAUCGGCUGCGUCUGCACCUACAUCGACCUCCCCCUCCUCGUACGGCUUCGCCAGCCAUUAGCUCAACCGGGCGGGCGCGACCAAGUACAGGUCGCUUCAGGUGCCGCAGCUCGCGCGCGGCCAUCUUGAUGUCGUUGACCAUGCGAUUGGGGAGGCGAUGGUCAAGCUUGAGGCGCUCGGCAGGCGCUGAGCCGCCG